AAUAGAACACGCAGAACAUCUUAAACUAAUAGAAACUUUGCUCUUCAUUUUAUAAUUAAACCGGGCGUAUUGAGGCUGAUUUGAUUUUACUUAGACAAAGUUUUAGUGAUAAACAUGACUAUUAGUAAUCUGUUGCGGCUCCGUCCAACGUUAACGACUGCAAAAUCAGUGCUAGAUGGCCUGAUACGACCUUUUUCCAGUCAUGCGGCUUUUGCCGAGCAUAAGCAACUGGAAAGGAUUCGAAACAUCGGUAUCUCAGCUCACAUUGAUAGCGGUAAGACAACGUUGACGGAACGAAUAUUGUUCUAUACCGGUCGCAUAAAAGAAAUGCACGAGGUAAAGGGAAAGGACAACGUCGGAGCAACGAUGGAUUCUAUGGAGCUGGAGCGGCAACGUGGUAUUACCAUCCAAUCGGCAGCCACCUACACAAUUUGGAAAGAUCAUAACAUCAACAUAAUCGAUACGCCCGGUCACGUAGAUUUUACGGUCGAAGUCGAACGAGCUCUGCGUGUUUUGGACGGUGCGAUACUUGUACUGUGUAGUGUUGGUGGAGUGCAAAGUCAAACAUUGACCGUGAAUCGACAAAUGAAAAGGUAUAACGUGCCCUGUCUGGCUUUCAUAAACAAACUAGAUCGCAUGGGUGCUAAUCCGUAUCGUGUAUUGGGUCAGAUGCGGUCUAAAUUAAACCAUAACGCUGCAUUCAUUCAGCUCCCCAUUGGAGUAGAAAGCAAUUGCAAGGGAAUCGUCGAUUUGGUCAAACAGCGGGCUCUCUACUUCGAAGAUAACCUGGGACUAACGGUGCGAGAGGACGAAAUCCCUCAAGAUAUGCGAGUGGAAUGUGACGAACGACGGCAUGAACUGAUUGAGCAUUUAUCCAAUGUUGACGAGGGUAUCGGGGAACUGUUUCUCGAAGAGAAAACUCCCUCGGAGAAGGACAUUAUGUCUGCCAUCCGGCGAUCGGCAUUGAAAAGGACCUUCACACCCGUGCUGGUAGGAACAGCAUUGAAGAACAAGGGUGUACAACCGUUAUUGGAUGCUGUUUUGAAUUAUCUUCCUCAUCCAGGCGAAGUUGAAAAUAUUGCGCUGAUUGAAAGGAAGGGCGAGGAGCCCCAGAAAGUUAUUUUGAAUCCAGCUCGAGAUGGAAAAGAUCCGUUUGUAGGAUUGGCUUUCAAAUUGGAGGCAGGACGAUUUGGUCAGUUAACAUAUCUGCGUUGUUACCAAGGUGUUCUGAAAAAGGGUGACAAUAUAUUCAACGUGCGAUCGGGAAAGAAGGUUCGUUUGGCUCGCUUAGUACGACUUCAUUCGAACAAUAUGGAAGACGUCAACGAAGUUUAUGCCGGAGACAUAUUUGCUCUGUUUGGUGUUGAUUGCGCAAGCGGUGACACAUUCGUGACCAAUCAAAAACUGGAACUCUCUAUGGAGUCCAUUUUCGUGCCAGAUCCAGUUGUGUCGAUGGCAAUUCAACCAACUAAUUCGAAGGAUCGUGAUAAUUUUUCUAAAGCAAUCGCACGUUUUACCAAAGAAGAUCCGACCUUUCGGUUCGCCUAUGACGCUGAUGUCAAAGAGACCUUGGUGUCUGGCAUGGGAGAGUUGCAUUUGGAAAUCUACGCUCAACGAAUGGAACGCGAAUACAAUUGUCCGGUGACACUGGGAAAACCAAAAGUGGCUUUUCGCGAAACUUUGGUCGCUCCAUGUGAGUUUGAUUAUCUCCACAAAAAGCAGUCGGGCGGCCAAGGGCAAUAUGCUCGCGUUACAGGCAUACUGGAACCGCUUCCUCCUCAUCAGAAUACCGAUAUCGAAUUUUCUGACGAAACAGUUGGAACUAAUGUACCGAAGCAAUUCGUUCCUGGCGUUGAAAAAGGUUUUCGGCGAAUGGCGGAAAAGGGCCUGCUUUCCGGUCAUCGAUUAUCGGGUAUCAAAUUCCGACUGCUGGACGGUGCCCAUCACAUUGUGGAUUCCUCUGAACUAGCCUUUAUGCUGGCAGCGCAAGGAGCUAUCAAAAGUGUGUUCGAGGAAGGCGGUUGGCAGAUUCUGGAGCCGAUUAUGUUGGUAGAGGUGACGGCACCGGACGAGUUUCAAGGUGCAGUGAUAGGACAGCUAAACAAGAGGCAUGGUAUCAUCACGGGAACGGAGGGUGCUGAGGGUUGGUUUACGAUCUACGCCGAAGUUCCGCUGAAUGAUAUGUUCGGCUACGCGGGCGAGCUGCGCUCGAGUACGCAAGGCAAGGGCGAGUUUAGCAUGGAGUACAGCCGGUAUUCUCCUUGCAAGCCUGAUGUACAGGAAAAAUUGAUGCAAGAAUACCAAGUGUCACAAGGUAUUGUGGUGGACAAAAAGCAACAACAGAAGAAGAAGAAUUAGGUUAGUGUGUGUCUUGAGGAAUUACGCGGGUGCUGAUCUGUACAUAAUGAUAAUAAUAAUACAAGUAAUAACAUUGUACUACAUAUUAAAUGUUGCGACGAAAGAAAAACU